GAGCUGGAGAAACUGGGCCUCGGGGACAGUGUGGACCUCCAUGUAUAUGAGAUUCCCGUUGAGUACAAGACAGUACAGAGGCUCAUCCCUGCCCUGUGGGAGAAGCACAGUCCACAGCUGGUGGUACACGUGGGGGUGUCAGGCAUGGCAACCACAGUCACACUGGAGAAGUGUGGGCACAACAAGGGCUACAAGGGGCUGGACAACUGCCACUUCUGCCCUGGCUCCCAGUGCUGUGUGGAGGAUGGACCUGAAAGCAUUGACUCCAUCAUCGACAUGGAUGCAGUGUGCAAGAAAGUCACCACACUGGGCCUGGACGUCUCAGUGACCAUCUCACAGGAUGCUGGCAGGUAA